GGCUGGCAUUCAGAGAAUUCACUGCUGAUCUCAUUAGCGAUCCCUUGAACAUGCAGCGUGACGUUUUUAUUUCCGCUUUGAAGAUUCUCUGUUUGACUUUGGCUUCGGAUAUCUCAUUUUGAUAAGCCUAUGUUUCAUUAUCUUUCAGAUAACACUACGUGGAGGUCAGUGAACUCUUUGAUUGUGUAAUUUAGUGUUUCUCUUUAAAAUGAAUUUGAGAGCAAUUUGAGGUGGGGAUGUCUCACUCAUAUCCUUCUAAAGAAACAAGCAUUUGGGAACCUUUUAUAGAAAAAAGCACAGUUGUGAGUGCACUGGAAUUCAGGUCAGAGGUAGCAAACCUUAGGAGAGCCCAGGAAUGAAGACGGCUGUUUUGAAUAGUUAUUUCAUGUGUAAGGACAGAAGAAAGCCACUGAACUCAGAAGGGGCAUAGCCCAGACUUGCUCUCAGAGGGAGACUUCUGCACCAGACUGUAGGCUGACACCGGUGACCAGGGACAGCUGGGGCUGAGCUGUACACCCAGGGGAGCAGGGCCCAGGCAGCCUGCCAUGAGAUCGUGCUCCAAGGACCGGCCGUUCUGCUGGACCCACGGGCUCCUGGUAUUCAUCAGCCUGCUCCUCAGUCCCUCAAUUUGGUUGUUUGUUGCCGCAGGAUGACCUAAUUCACUUCCCAUCCUAUCCGGUCCUAUUCUAUCGUAAUUAGUUUCCUUCCUAGAAGGUGUCUGCAGCUCUGCAGCCAACACUUCCGGAGCGCAUGGCUCUGCUGUGAAGGAUUCUGAAAACCACAUUUAUCUGAAGCGCAUCCGAGGAGGUUCUGUCUUGUUUAAUGUGACCGAGAAGCCCAUGGCAGAUGCAGGAGCCGAAAUACAGGAGGUUUUAUGGGGUUUGGGCACUCCGUCAAAGCACAGGCGGCUGCUGCAAGUCCGUAGAGGAGCCGACUCUCCCACCUGGGUUAACGUCCAGGACAAGUUCAAGCAGAGGGUCCAUGUGCCCAGCCUGUGGUCUCUGAGGAUUGAGAACCUGGCCCCUGAAGACACUGGGCCAUACGUGGCCAUGACCAGCUUAACUGAUGGACAAAUGCUUGGCCAGGUUUUCUACCUGACUGUCUAUGAGCCUGUGCCUCACCCUGAGAUCCUGGCCAUGUCACUGUCUAUCACACCAGGCCUGUGUAACAUCACUCUGGAGUGUAGGGUUCCAGGGGCCACCCAGGAUCUGAAUGUGACUUGGGAGAGCAAGGGCCUCUUCAGUGAGCUGGAACAGAGAGACACACCAGGAUCAACCGCCAAGCUUUGGACCCUGGCUGUGAGCCUGCCCCUGAGCCAGCAGAUCGGCGAUGUCACCUGUGUGGUCAGCAACCAGGUGGAUCAGAAAGCUGCGACCUUAGACCUUGGGAAAGUCUGUGCCCAAGGUUUACACAAACAGGAUGUGACUAGACUGCUGCCAGGCAUCCUAGGGGCUGCUGUGGCUGUGCUGUUAGUCCUGGGAAGUGGGCUGUAUGUUUUGAAGACAUGUCAGAAGAAGAAGAAGAUGGUGAUGGAAAUAAAAAGGAGUGGAGGAUUGCAGAAGAACCAUGGGGUUGAUGAUGGUGGCAUCCCCUUUGAGACGCUCAGCCAGCAAGUGCAAGGUGAGGGCAAGGGCAAGAGCAUCGGUGAACAAUAUCUGGGAAAAAAGGAAUCUCUCAUUACUACCUGCAGUGAGGUCUGUUAUCCAGACCAGACGAUGGAGAUCAUUUGAUUGCAGGAAGCAGGAGGAUCUGGCACUCCCAGGACACCUGCACUCUGAGCCUAAGUCCUGCAGACCCCUGCCUUUCCCAGCUCUGGUUCCGUUCCAGCUUCCCAUUGUGUGUGUUACUCUGACCUCAUAGCUACAUUUCCAGAGGGUACACAUGGCCUGGUUGUACUCUGUGACACUUCCCCAAGCUUCCCUUACACUCGGGCAAGGACUAUUCUCCGUCAUUGAGAUGGCUGCUGUCCCCUGUCCUUCAUAAGCCUUCCCAAGAGGAGCCUGUCUGAUUGAGCACGUAGCAAAUUCCCACCACCUCUGCCUUGUCACUGGUGUGAGUACUUCUGAGGACACAAGCCCAGACAUGGGGACUGUGCAGAAGUGCUGACUGUGCUGCAGAGGAGGGUGGUGGCACCUGGCUUUUGGAUGCUGAGUUGGAGGACAGUGUGUGUGGAGAGAAACCAAUAAAGGAAAAGGCCAAGGCAAA